CUGAUAUGGUGGUGCAUGGACGAGCCGAUAACGACUGUCCACAAAGAAGGGAGGGCAAAAUCUCAAAACAUAGAGGACACUUACGGGGCUCUAGUAGACGACGAUGUACAAAACGACGAAUACGGUGAUUACGAAGAUUCUGAAGAUGGACAAGGGCCUCCUGAUGAAACGAAUGACACUCUGAGACCUGUAGAAGAGGAAACGGUGGAAUUUCUGACGCAGGCUCAAGUGGUGAUUGCGAAAAUUGGAGAUGUUGUACGGUUACCGUGCGAUGUUUCAAACCCAGACGUUGUCAUUGUUUGGCAAAAAGACGGAUCACUCAUCUUCCAAGGUCAUAUAGCGGUCAGCAGGUCGACCAAUCUCAUGGAGUUUCCCAAUAACACUUUGGAAGUGAACGUGACAUCGAGCAACGAUUUUGGAAAUUACGCCUGCAUUCUUAUUACUUCAAACGAAGACGAUAAGAGGCCACAACUUCUUCACAAAAUUGUACCUUUAACACCGCCACAAAUUAUGGCAAUCAUUCCUUCAAAUAACAGGACAGAGUAUCAACUCGGAGAAACGCUGAAUCUGACAUGCAAGGCGACUGGUUAUCCUAAACCUGACAUUUCAUGGCAUCUGGGCAACGAGAGACUCGACAUACACGGGGAGACGCUUACAAUACCUGACCUGAAAGUGGAGAAUGGAGGAAUUUACAGGUGUUUGGCCGAUAACAAAGUUACAAAACCCAGCCAUCAUCAUAUUGAGAUACACGUUGAACAUGCGCCUAUCGUCAAAACCGAAAAAUACAUAGUCACUUCUGAUAAAGGAGAAGAAGCGGAACUAACCUGCACAGUAGACGCAUACCCCGCUGCCCACAUCGUUUGGAAAAGAAAUGGCGAAAACCUAGUAACAAAUUCCCAGUAUGCCGUCAAACUGGUCAGACGAGAGUUGGUGCACGAGAGCAUCUUAACCAUCCGCAACUUGAAUGACGAUUCUUUCGGAACGUACACUUGCCUUGCGAAAAAUAGUAAAGGAAAGCAGGAGAAGAAAGUCAGUUUGGUGAGGACACCGGCCGUUCGAGAGUUUGUGAAGCCCGAAAAAGACAACAAGGACGUUGUUUUGACGUGGAGGGUGGAGUCCAAGACUCCGAUCUCGAUGCACGAGAUACAGUACAGGAAAAAGGGGGAAGCAAAAUGGAGCACUGCGAAACCAGAAGUCAGUAAUCACGUUAACAAUAUCUACUUGGUAACAUACACCCUUAAAGACUUGGAAGCUGGCAACUACGAAACGAGGAUGCGAUCGAAAAAUAACCAUGGAUGGUCAGAAUUCUCAGACAUCAUGCCCUUCGAGGGAGUUUUGGCUAAACAUGGUUCAUCUCAUAAACCUCACCACAAAAAACACCACAAAGAGAAAGAACAAAAAGAAAAACACUUAGCUUCAACACCAGAGGCCAUUCCCGCACAGCAUCAAGAGAUCAAACAUAACGAAGCACCCGUAGGAGCAUCUCAACAUGGUGGUUGUGGUUCAACGACGUCAUCCGCUACUGUCUCAUGUAUAGCGUUACUCUUCCUAUUUUUCAUCCGACAGUGAGGUUGUUUGCGAAAGAAUGUACAAGUGAAUAUCUUCCACGCACUGGGUAACUUAAAACAAGAAAAACCAAAGUAUUUUAACUCGUUUAGAUUAAGUAAAUUAUGAACUUUAUUUUCUAAACAGCUAUUUUUUAUUUUCAUUAUACACCUCCCCCCUUUGUAAAUAAUGAGUCCUUAGAUUUUGUUCAUUUAACGAUUCUCUUCUGUUAUCAUGGAAAUCUGAGUGUAUUAAAAACUAGUAGCAACACUAAAGGUGCUAUAGUUUUUAGUGAGUCGGAUCUGUGAUUUAGUUGUUAAAAGUGACAAAGCAUGAUAAACUUUGAAGUAUAUUGUGAAUGUAAGCUAAUUUUUUGAUUCUCAUCAAUCGGGACAAUCUGAUGCCAUAUAUAUUUUCUUAAGUUAUUGAGCGAUGUAUGUAGCGAAUCAAGGAAUUGGCAGUUUGAUAAAUCUAAUUUAAAUAACUCUAAGUUACCUGUAAUAUUUUAUAUAGAAAGCUUUUUAUAUUUGUAGAAUUGGUCAGUAUUCAUUUUUUUGGUUUUAUGAAAUUCUGUCAAAAUUUUGUAGUUAAUUAUCUAGUCCGGCCUUAAUUUUGGUUUAUGCUCAAAUAGCAUUUUCUAUACACAAUAAUUCCGUUUGCUUUGAGUCCAUAUAUAUUUUUCGUACGACAAAAAUGGACAUUCAGACAAUUCAUCUAGUCUAGUCCAUGAUAGUAAUAGAUAUUUCCAACAACAAACUUUGAAAUGGGGUUUCUUAAUCAUGAAAAGUUGAAUAAAAUAAAUUCAUCAACUAUGGAUGAGAUGGAAAAUUAUAAGAGAAAAAGUCAAAAUUUUAUGGGUCGUACAAAAAUGAGGAGUAUCGCUAGGAGCCGUUCUUGAUACAUUAUAUAUGUGGCUUGUUGAGACGGCAAAUAUGUUCCAGAUUUAUUUUCACUGUAGCUAUUUAGGUAUAACUGUAAAUAUUAUUUUCGUUUAAUUUCGUGUGAUGUGACGUAUUUAUACUAUAUAAUUUCAUACUUUAAUACCACAAAUGCCUAACCACGUUCCCUUGUUUUCUCCAAACCUAAAUCAAAUAAUUUAGAUUCUUCAUAUUUGAUUAGAUUUGUGCUUCAUUUUGGUUCUAUUGACAGGGAACUUACAAAAAUGCCUUAUUCGAAAUCAUAAGAUACGAGAAACGAAUUAUCAACAUUUUCAAAUCAAAAUCUUUAAAAAUGAUUGUUGCUUGGCCCAAUAUAUAAUUUGGAAAGAAUUCUCAGACAAUUUCAUAUCUCCACCUAACGACCAAUUUUCAACAUUUCACAGUUAUUAUACAAUCUCUAGUGACAUAUCUAUUUUCUCAAUGAAAUUGAGAUGAAAAUUCUUUCAUUAUUGUAUUACUUGUAUAUGUAUGUAUAAAGAAAAUACAAAAAUUAUUCCAA